UUUGUUCGCGCCACGGACUCUGGAACGCAAACCCUGACUGUAUUUUAGGGACGAACUAUCGGCGAUUGCGGAGUACGACCGUGUAGAGAGCGGAGCGUGUCAGUCAGUCGAGAUUCGCUUGGAUUCCAGGGAAGUCACAUGUCUAACACAGAUGUGCGACCAGCAUGGCCUUAAUGCCAGCAUAUAUCACAGCGGUGUAUGAAUUUUUACCUAAUUCGCCAAUUUUCUUUGGGGAAUACCGUGUACCCAGUUUGACUACCAAAUAGACAAUGGAUGUAAUUAGAUGUAAUUUCAUUGGCGUUGAAGGGUGAGGCUUGGCGUGGCGCCUCAGCUAGAGGUUUACCCAUUACUGGUGAUCUGGAGUGAAACGUUCCAUGGGAGUACAAGAGCGGAGCGCACCCGUCUAGCCAUGCCUGUCAACAUGUACGCUUACCUGCUUCUGCUCGUCACCACUUUAGUGCCCCUAAUGGUAGACUCGGCAAGUCAAACGAGGACGGAGGUGAUAACCAAGCUUCUAGAAGAUUACGAUCAUAGAAUACCCCCCAACUUCGAGAGGAAUCUAGAUGGCCCGACGAAAGUACAAGUACAGAUAUACGUCUACAGUGUGGAUUCUUUUAACGAAGCCACUAUGGAUUACUCGCUGUGCAUCUUCCUGCAACAGAAGUGGAUCGACCAAAGACUGCAGUGGCAGGGGUUUGACUAUCACGAACCAUUGGAGCUGGACGCAAAGUUUAUGGACGAACUCUGGGUGCCCGAUACUUUCUUUUCCAACGAGAAAAGCGCUGACUUCCAUUACGUUACCGUACAAAACCGCAUGAUGCAUCUCCACAAGGACGGCAAGAUUUUAUACAGUGUUAGAUUAUCUCUUACCCUGAGCUGCCAAAUGAAGUUGCACAAGUACCCAUUUGAUUCACAAAUAUGCAGCAUAUCUUUGGAAAGCUACGGUCACACCACAGCGUCCAUGGUAUUUGAAUGGUUUGAACAGGACGCUCUGGAAAUCAAGAAAGGAUUGGAGUUGCCGCAGUUCGAUCUGCUGGAUACAACAUUACACGAUUGCACGAAAACCUAUGGCGGGACAGCCAAUUACACCUGUCUGGAGGCAAAAUUACACCUGAAGAGGAAAGUCGGCUACUUCAUCAUCCAGAUCUAUGUGCCCAGCAUCCUCAUCGUCAUCCUUUCCUGGGUGUCCUUCUGGCUGAACGUGGACGCUAUUCCUGCCCGGAUCUCCCUCGGGGUGCUUACGAUCCUGACCAUGACCACGCAGAGCUCCGGCGCCCGAUCUUCUCUACCCCGGGUCUCCUACAUCAAGGCUAUCGAUGUCUGGAUGUCCGCCUGCCUUCUCUUCGUCUUCGCUGGACUCGUCGAGUUUGCUGUGGUGAACGUAAUGGCCAGGAAGCAGGGUCGCACCAGUCGACACAGUGUGGACGAAGAGGCCAUGGAACUCGUCAACAGGCCAACACAUACGCUGAAUGGGAACCCUAAGAAUAAGAGAAGUGCUGGGAGAAGAUUUUCAAAAGCCAAGAAAGACCAGUCUGGGCUGAGGAAGGCGAAUAAUGUGGAUAAAAUGUCACGGUUGAUGUUUCCACUGGCGUUUAUUGUGUUCAACGCCGUGUACUGGUUAAUAUAUAUGGUCGAGUUCACGAGAUAGUGGGCUCCUCAAGACCGUCUCCAUGGCACCGCGCAUGUACAUUCUUACACUUCCGGAUUCUGUAACCCGCACGUCAUGUCUGUAUGUGUAAAGUCGUCAGGGAUUCCAAAACUGAUCUGAUAUUUCAGACACGGCGAAGUGACGUAAAAUUGGAGACUUCAGUUCUGGUGUCCUGUCGAUGAACUUGCCUUACUUUUAUCAGCUAAAUUGUUAACAACCACUUGACAGCGUUUACUUGUAACUAUUCAUGUGUGCAUGUAAUUAGGUAUAUAAAUCGUUGUACUUCCAAUUCAACGAUUCGGUUCGGGAUACGAGUUUACUUAUGUAGGUCUGCUCAGGUUGUGCGCUUCGUCCCGGGAAACACCCAUUUAAGAAGUGUACUUUUGUGGGCUGCGUAGGUUGUGCGCUCAACCCUGGCAGACGCAUAUGAAGAGUACACUUAUUUAUAUAGCUCUGCCCAGGUUGAGUGUUCCGCCCCGGCAGACGUAUGUGAGCAGUGUAUUAUGUAGGUCUGUCCAGGUUGUGUGCUCCGCCCCGGCAGACAUAUGAGGCGUGUACAUAUGUAGAUCAGCCCAGGUUGUACGCUCAUCCUCGGCAGACAUAUCUGAGCAGUGUAUUUAUGCAGGUCUGUCCAGGUUGUACGCUCCGCCCCGGCAGACAUAUGAGGAGUGUACAUAUGUAGAUCUACCCAGGUUGUACGCUCCGCCCCGGCAGACAUAUAGGAAGUGUACAUAUGUAGAUCUACCCAGGUUGUGCGCUCCGCCCCGGCAGACAAAUGGGAAGUGUACAUAUGUAGAUCUGCCCAGAUUGUACGCUCCGCCCCGGCAGACAUAUGAGGAGUGUACAUAUGUAGAUCAGCCCAGGUUGUACGCUCCGCCCCGGCAGACAUAUGAGGAGUGUGCUUAUUUAUGUAGACCUGCCCUCAUCCCCGGCAGACAUAUGGGAAGUGUACUUAUGUAGGUCUGCCUAGGUUGUGCUCUCCGCCCGGCAAAUAAAUGUGAGGAGUGUGCAUAUAUAGAUCAGCCCAGGUUGUACGCUAAGCCCCGGCAGACAUAUGUGAGCAGUGUACUUAUGUACGCCUGCCCAAGUUGUGCGCUCCUCUUCCGUAGACACAUAUGAAGAGUGUACACAUGCAGAUCUACUCAGGUUGUACGCUCCGCCCGGCAGACAUAUGUGAGGAGUGUACUUAAGCAGAUCUGCCCAGGUUGUACGCUCCGCCCGGCAGACAUAUGUGAGGAGUGUACUUAAGCAGAUCUGCCCAGGUUGUACGCUCCGCC